GCAUGCUGGUCGCUCACUUACGGAUCGUCACUUUAUAAUCCAUAAUUUCCAGCUGAACAUGGGCCUGCUUAUGUUUGCUUUUGUGGCUGUAAUUCCAGUUUUAUCUGAAGCAUUCACUCUGAAAGGUCCUUCUGGUCCUCUUGUCGCUCCUCUGGGAUCUUCAGUGGUUUUGCCAUGUUAUGUUGAUGAACGCUUACCAAUGGAGGGUCUGAAGGUGGUAUGGAGAAGAACAGAUUCAGAGACUUUGGUUAAUCUGUAUCAGGAUGGGGAGAGUCAAGCAGAGAAACAGCAGCAGGGUUAUCAUGGCAGAGCUCAUUUCUUUACUGAUCAGAUUAACGAUGGAAACUUCUCCCUCCAUCUGGACAAUCUGAGAGCUGGAGAUGAAGGACGAUACACAUGUACAGUUCACAGCCGGCAGGAGUCUGGAGAGACCACGGUACUAAUAAAAGAUGUCGAGCGUUUGCUAGUAACCGGACAGAUAAAUCUGUAUCCCGCAUAUGACCGCGAGGACGUCACUCUGAACUGCUCUGUAGACUCUCACAUCGCACCUGAACACAUUGAAGAGGUUUCAUGGAAGAAAAUGGAUGAAGGUGGAGAUAUUCUAGUUCUGCUCCACCUAAACAAUGAGACAUUACAAGGUUCAUCGGAUGAGCAAUACAGAGACAGAGUUGAGCUGUUCACUGCCGAAAUCCCCAAAGGAAACUUGUCUCUCAGACUGAAGAGUGUCAGACCUAAGGAUAAAGGAGUUUACAUGUGUCAUGUGUUCGCUGGAGAACUUUCAGCCAGCGCAACCGCAGAACUGGAGAGAAAAGGUUUCUCUGUUUUACACAUAAUGGUGUUGAUUGUCUGCAUUUCUGCAUCUGGAUCUGCACUUCUGCUCUGCUGUCUGAUCUAUUACACGUCCCAAAAAACAGACCCUGGUGCAUCCAGACAUGUUAAGAUUCUUGGGUUUCUUCAUGCAUUUAUUCCAAAUAUUAUGAUGUUUGUGGCUUUUGUCCUCUGGGGGCUUACAGAAGGUUUUCUGUAUGAGACGGUCUCUUGCUGUGCAAUUUAUAUUUUGAGGCCUCUGAUGUUGAUUUAUUGCGCACCAUUUUUAGAGAAAAUGGCAGAUGUGGCUCUCGUCUCUGAAUAUGUAAUUUUUAUGAUAGUUUAUUGUUCAGUUAUUUUCAGUCGUGCUUUUGAAAUGUCUCAAAUAGAACCGGAUGGGAACCAUGUAUAUAUUAGAAGAUUUAAUUUCUGGGCAGUGUUUGUGUUUGGAUUUAUUAUUCCAUUCUUUGUCAUCUACAUUGUUUACAUAUUGACUAAGGUGAAGAGGAAUCCAUGCCGCAGAGAGACGUGUAAAUGCUUAUGGGAUAAAGUUGCAGAUGUAGCUAUUUUCAGCUAUUUCGUUCUGCCUUUCUUACAAUUCAUCCUUACGCCCUUCACUUUGAAACUACGGAGACAAUUUUCAGUUCGUAUUGUUCCUAGUUUUCUAUUUUCUGUCAUUUUCCUGUCUGCGUGGCCUAAACAGACAGAAAAGCUGUUCAAAUUUACUCGCUAAUAUCUUAUGGAUAAUCUACAUGUUUAUAAUAGCUGUUUUGGUGGUCUAUUUUUGCGUAAGAGUGCUGAUGAGGGAUCGAGAUUGGAAAGGAUGGCUCUGUAUGAUUAUAUUUCACAAAAUACUGUGGAUGAGCACAAUCUACAUUGACGUGAAUAAAGAUCUGGAUCUGACCCUCAGCGUGAAGAAAGUAUUUCAUGUGUUUGGAUCAGUAGUUGUGGUUUUGCUGAGCGCUGUUACACUGAUGACUGAACUAAUACUGAAUGCAGUUAACGGAGAACGUGCAGUGGGAGAUCUGAGAGUCGUUGUAUUUUCAUCUGAAAGCAUCUUCACGUUUUUUCUGCUGAUUUUCAUCAUGUUUGGACCUUGGUUUUCUAACCUGAAGUGUUUGCAGUGCUGUCAGAACGCCAGUAAAACUCUAGACGAUGAAUCGGUUCAGAGAAAAGUGGAAUCACAUGAAAUCAAUUCUCUCCUAAAGAAUGGAGAUCCGGAGGCUGGUAGAAGUGAUGUUACAGAAGAAACUCAGCCACAAACAUAAUCAACAAUGAGAGAAAAAGAGUUAAUGCCGGUACCUACAGGUGACUCAGCACAGAAUGAAGAGUCACGGCGAUAGCAUCCUUUGUGGAUCUGUUCGUGUUGUUUGCAAACUGAUGUCGGAGGAGACACUGGAUGAGCUGGACCUCAAGAAAUACAACACAUCAGAUGAGGGGAGAAGAAGACUGAUACCAGUUGUGAUCAACUGCAGAAAAGCUCUCUUUGUUGCCUGUAAUUUAAGUCCUCAGUGUUGUGAAAUUGUAGCCUUGGCUCUACAAUCAUCAAACUGUGUCCUGAGAGAGCUAAAUCUGAGUAACAAUGACCUGCAGGAUUCAGGAUUGAAGCUGAUUUCUGGCGGACUGAAGAGUCCAAGCUGUCAGCUGCAGAUACUGAGGUCUGUAAUAAGGAAUCUUUCUGUAAGCAAAGGAUAUAUGAGGUUUGUUAUCUUGGAUGCUUAGUACACAGUCUAAUGAAGUUAAACGCUUUAGUACUUGUAGUUCAUUAUGAUUGAGAAUGAUUCUGCAGAAAAUUUCUUGCUGACAAGAUUUUGAAUUUUGUUUAAAAGAUACUUAUUCAACCACCUACUGAAGUUAAAUUUUCUAAAUUUCUGUCAAAAUUUUUUUUUCAUAGAUACAGAAACAGACAAGUCAGAUCUUUUUAUGAGCUUUCACUUCAUGAAAUAUGUAACUAGUUGACCUUUUAAGAUAAACAAUAACUUUUAACAUAAAAGCAUUGUUCCCGCACUAUUCCCUCAGCAAUGUAUUGUUUUAUGGUGCUCAAAUCUCUUGCACCUUCUACCUUAUUUAGUUUAUCCUCAGAUAAGGUAAAGUAAGUCGAGUCUGUGCUAUCUCUCAUAAGUAUUCAAUCAUACUCACAAGACAGGUCACAGAAGACUUCUCCAUGGUCUGUUCUGCUCAUGUCUUGAAAUCAGAGUCUUUUGGCAGGCCAGCGUAUUGGUUAGCAUAAGAUAUUGUUUUAUUAUACAGUAUAUAGGUUAAAUACAUUACAAAUAAAAUACUAAUAUAAAAUAGAAAUAAAAACAAAGUUGUAUAUAAUCUGCGAGCUCGGUCGUUCGGAGGCAUCGUGGCGCUGCUGUCUGGCAUCGGAGAAGCGUGUCGCCGAGGUGCAGCUUUAACUUCUGGCUCACUUCUAAGUGCAGCCCUCCUUUACAGACUACAGAUGCAAGUCGACACUUUUUUAUCAAAUAAAAGAAUACAAUAUUCUGUGUGGUCUCUUCUUCUUGAUAAAUCAGUAACACAUCAC